AUGGCAUCUCCACGUGGAACUCCCAAGAAGCCGGUCGACAACGUGGCCUACGUUGAAGACCCGGCGGAUGAUGGCCUGAAAUUCAGCGACGCAGCUGUCGACGCGGCAACCCGCGGCCAAAACAUUUCGGGAUACGAGUCUCUAUCCAUAUGGGAGACGGUCAAGCUCUUCAAGAUCGCCUCAGUUGCGUGCUUCGCGGCGGCCUUCAGCGCCGCCACUGAUGGCUAUCAAAUCGGCAUGAACGCCAGCAUCGUAGCAAAUAAGGGCUUUGUCCACCAAUUCGCGACCCUUGCCGACGCCUCUGGAAAACCUUACCUUGACUCCCCCAUCCUCUCGGGCUGGUCCUCCAUCAUGUCCGUCGGCCAGGUCCUUGGCAUGACCACCAUCCCCUUUCUCUCCUCUCGAUUCGGCCGGAAGGUUGCCAUGUAUACCCUCUGGCUUGUCCUCGCCGUCAGCGUCGCCGUUGAGAGCGUCGCGCGCGCUUGGCCCGCCUGGCUCGUGGCAAAGCUCCUUGCCGGCGUCGGCGUCGGCUGCCUACAGUCGACCCUCCCCGUCUACAUCGCCGAGGUCGCACCUGUUCGGAUCCGCGGCGGCCUGCUCAUGUGCUACUCCUUCUGGUGGACCGUUGGCACCUUCUGCGCCCACGUCGCGCUACAGAACCUGAACAAGAACGAGCCAUACAACUACUUGAACCCUAUAUACACGCAAUGGGCGCAAAUUGGCCUCAUGAUCCUCAUAUACGUCUUUCUGCCCGAAUCCCCAGCUUGGUGCGUCAAUCGUGGCGAUGAGUCGCGCGCAAAGAAGUGUCUCGCCUGGUUAUAUCGCGGCGUUCCCGAUUUCGACCUCGACCGACAGUACGCAACGUUGCUGAUGACGGUGGAGCACGAGCGUUCCGUAGCGAUGGAGCAGAAACGCGAGAAGUGGACGGCGAUAUUCCGGGGCACCGACGGACUGCGGACGCUGAUCUCCCUCUGGACAAACCUGUCGCAACAGUUUAUCGGCCUCACACUGUUUGCGACCUUUGGGACAUAUUUCUUCCAGCAGGCGGGGCUACAGGACCCGUUCCUUAUCAAGGUCAUCACAUCGUCGAUCAACAUUGCCACAAUUAUCGUGACUAUUUUCACGGCUGAUUGGCUUGGUAGACGGUGGAUCGCGUGCGGAGGCAUCACGCUGUGCUGGGUCUCUUGCGCAGUCAUCGGCAUCAUCGGCGUGAUAAAGCAGGUCAGGGCGUCGACAUAUGUAUUCGUGCUGUUCGCCUGCUUUUGGAAUAUUGGCAUGACGGCUAGCGGGGCGGCCGGUUGGGGAUUCAUCGGCGAGAUCUCGUCGCAGCGGCUACGCCCCCACACAGCCGGCUUCGGUGCCGCGUGUACCUGUGUCAUUGGUAUCGUCAUGAACGUUCUAGUGCCUUAUAUGGUCAACGCCAAUAAGUGGAACUGGGGUCUCAAAACAGGCUGGUUCUAUGCUGGCGUUGGGCUGCCUUUCGUGAUUGGCAUCUGGUUCCUUAUCCCCGAUACCGCCGGACGAUCCGCAGCCGAGCUGGACGAGCUCUUUGAAAGAAAGAUCAAACCGUGGCGGUUCCACAAGAUUCAGACGGCCACACAGACUUUGGUCAAGCAACAGGAGUCGGAGCAUCGCUGA